GGAAGGCUCACGCGGAUGGUCUAAACAUGAUCCACGAUUUUCAAGCCACUUUGGAUGUUCCAGAGGACGAAGAAGCAAACGGCACGGGAGUUCUCGUACUAGGAGAUCAUAGCGAGGACGGAGGCGAUGAUCAUACAUCAGAGAAACUGAGAAACACAUUUUUAGAUCCUCACCCUUCUGGUCAGCAAUCUCUAGUUCUGCUUAGCAAUGGAGAACAAGUUCCAAUUGGCGAAGCUGAGGACAGGGCGCCCUUGGGCGCAGGCGAGGACAAUCCUGACUACUUUGAAUCGACAUCUUCUUCAAGGUCAGCGGAACAACAACUACAGGGUAAUGUUGAGCAGCAAAAGGAAGAUAAUAGAUUUUUUAUAGAUCAUACUAACCCCUACUAUAUGGACUGAGGUGGACCACAUAGAAAAAAUAUUCAUGGAAGAUGAUGCUAAGAUACUUCCACUGAAUUCUUUGACAUUUGACAUAUCAAUCUUCAUGGUACUGCUUGAUACUUUUCUUGUCUCAAAAUAUGUCCGCCAUAUUUGUAUUUCUGAUUUCUUUAUUAUCCCAUAACCCUACAUGCGAUUCUUGAAAAAUGUUU